AUGAGAGUGAGAGAGGACACCGAGGGUCUGAGGGUGAGGAGGGGGACAUGUCCUCUCUGUCCCCGCAGCUCUCCUGCUCGAAGUUCGUCUUUUUCCGACGAUUUCAGCCUCAAACUGCCGCAGAGAAAACACAGAGUGUGUCGUCAGCCCUCACUGCAUUCACCCUCCACGGUUCUCACCUGCUUUAUAAGUCCCGCCUCGCUGCUGCACACCUGCAACAUUCAAACCCUCUCAGCUCGACUCACACACCUGUUCACCUCCUCGCUACAACGCAGACAAUCAAAGAUGGCAGAAGAAGUUCAACCCAAAGUCACGAAGAAGAAGUCGUCGACCCCCCAGAAGAGGAGCGGCCUUCAGCUCUGGAAGUGUGUCAUCGCCGCCGUGAAGCUCAGCCAGAGCCGCAAAGGGACGUCUUCAGUGGCCAUUAAGAAACACCUGAAGAAGGACGGCGUAGAUGUGGAGAAGAACAACAGCCGCAUCAACACCACCAUCAAAAGGCUGGUGACCAAGGGGGACCUGAUCCAGGUCACCGGGGUCGGGGCAUCUGGCUCCUAUAAAAUCCCCAAGAAAGAGCAAGCACCCAAGAAACCCAAAGUCAGCAGGACAACCAAGGUCAAGAAAACAAACCUGAAGAAGAAACCGUCAGCCAAGAAGACCGAGACCAAGAAGACCCGGGUCAAGAAGACCGGGGUCAAGAAGACCGGGGCCAAGAAGACCGGGCCCAAGAAGACCGGGCCCAAGAAGCCCCGGGUUAAGAAAGCCGGAGCCAAAAAGACCGGGACCAAGAAGACAGCAGCCAAGAAGACCAGCGUCAAGAAGACUACAACCAAAAAAACUACCAAAACCACCACCAAGAAGACCCGCAAGAGUGUCCCCACCAAGAAGACGCAGACCAAGAGACCUGGAGUCAGAAGGGGGACCCCCAAAAAAGCCCAGAAGUAA